AUGCCUUACAUGAAAAGUGGGGCGUCCUCCAGCUUCUCUGAGAGCGACCAGUCGCCGGUCAGAGCGCCUGUAGAUGUGCAGGAUGUCGUUACAGAUAGCGAGUAUAUCGGCGCGACUGUCGCAGACUAUGCGGAACUGCCGUUGAGUGAGCAGUUGGAGCCUAUCGCUGUGGUAGGAAUGGGCUGCCGUCUCCCGGGGGAUGUGCGGUCCCCGUCCGACUUCUGGAAGAUGAUGAUGGACGAGGGAAGUGGCCAGUCGGCUCGUGUGCCUUCAUCACGAUUCAAUAUCGACGCGCAUUUCCACCCGGACAACGAUCGACCGGGGAGCUUCUCAGUGUUGGGCGGGUAUUUCCUAAAUGAAACCCUCCAGGAGUUUGAUCCGACCUUCUUUGGUCUGACGCCCAUCGAGGCCAUGUGGAUGGACCCCCAGCAGCGCAAGCUGCUCGAGGUGGUUUAUGAAGCAUUCGAAUCUGCCGGAGUAAGCCUCACACAGGUUACCGGAUCCUCGACAGGAUGUUUUGUGGCCAGUUUCACGUCCGACUUUCAGCAGAUGGCCUUCAAGGAGCCUGCCUUUCGACAUGGGCUGGCCGCGACCGGAGUCGACCCGGGCAUCAUUAGCAACCGCAUCAGCCACAUCUUCAACCUCAAGGGCCCCAGUAUGCUCGUCAACACCGCCUGUUCCUCUUCUGUAUAUGCAAUUCACAAUGCCUGCAAUGCCCUGCGCAACGGGGAGUGUGCCGCUGCUGUCGUCGGGGGCGUCAAUCUUGUGCUUACCGUGGACCAACAUAUGAAUACAGCCAAACUGGGUGUGCUAUCACCCACGUCCACCUGCCAUACCUUUGACGCCUCUGCGGAUGGGUACGGUCGUGCUGAGGGAGUCGGGGCCGUGUAUCUCAAGCGUCUGAGUGACGCCAUCCGCGACGGUGACCCCAUUCGCGGUCUCCUUCGGUCCAGUGCGACCAAUAACAACGGCAAAGUGCCCGGAGCCGGCAUUACUCACCCCAGUUUCUCUGGCCAGAUGGCUGUCAUCAGACACGCCUACGAGCGAGGAGGCCAUCUUGACCCGCGGCUGACCGGGUAUUUUGAGUGUCAUGGCACGGGGACGGCGGUUGGUGAUCCGCUGGAAGUACACGCCGUGGCCAACGCCAUGAAUGAUCAGCGCCAAACAGAGGACGGACCAUUGCGGAUCGGGGCCGUCAAGACCAACAUCGGCCAUAGUGAGGCGGCCAGUGGCCUCUCCGCCGUCAUCAAGGCCAUCCUCACGGUCGAGCGCGGCGUGAUUCCCCCAACCCGGGGAGUCGUCAACCCGAACCCGGCCAUUGACUGGGACGAGUGGAAGGUAGAGGUUGUGCGAGAGCCAACGCCGUUUGCGCCUCAUUUGCCUGUCAAGCGCGUCAGCGUCAAUUCCUUCGGUUACGGCGGCACCAACGCUCAUAUCAUUGUCGAAGGGGCGGAUUCAAUCUUGAGACAGAAGCAGACAUACCGCUAUCAAGGGCAGCACCCGGACUAUGCGACCAAGUCCCAUCGGGGCGCUUUCAACCGCAACCGCCCGUUCCUGCUUCCCUUCUCGGCGCAUGACAAGGAGACACUGAAACGCAACAUCAGCGCCCACGGCCAGGUCGUCGACAACUACAGCUUGCUGGACCUAUCCUACACCCUGGCCAACCGCCGGACGCAGUUCAACAGCCGUGGGUUCACUGUCGCCACCUACGCCAACCGCACCCAAUCAUUCCAGCCCUCGCUUCCGGACUUCGUUUUUGGCGACAAGAAGAGCGCUCCACCAACAAUUGGAUUCGUCUUCACCGGCCAAGGAGCCCAGUGGGCCCGCAUGGGUGCCGACCUCAUGAUGUACUAUCCCAGUUUCCUGCGCACCAUCCGACAUCUGGACCAAGUCCUCGAGGAUCUAGACGAUAUGCCGGUCUGGACACUGGAGGAUAUGAUACUGGAAGACGCCGGCGCCUCUCGCGUGCAAGAGGCUGAGUUCUCCCAGCCGCUCUGCACUGCUAUCCAAGUGGCUCUUGUGCAGCUUCUUCGCAGUUGGGGAGUUCAUCCAGCCGUCACCUGCGGGCAUUCAUCGGGAGAGAUUGCGGCGGCUUUUGCGGCGGGGCUCCUCACGGCCCCGGAGGCCAUCAUCCUCGCCUAUUACCGGGGCAAGGUGGUGAAGGAGAUCGAGACAAAUGGAGCCAUGAUGGCUGUUGGCCUUGGCGCCGAAGAUGUGGAGCCUUAUUUGACCGCGCUGGAGGAUGGAGGGGUGGUUAUUGCCUGCCACAACUCGCCGUCGAGCGUGACGCUGAGUGGCGACGCGGACGCACUGGCCAAGCUGCAAAAGGAGCUGAGUGAUGCGAAUAUCUUCGCGCGGAUGCUCAAGACGGGAGGCAAGGCCUACCACUCGCCACAUAUGCAUCCCGCAUCAGCACGGUAUGAAGCUCUCGUGCGCCAGGCACGCUUGGCUCUGGGCAAGAUGACUCCUCGGUCUACCCUCCCUGCGCCGGUGAGGAUGGUAUCAUCCGUGACCAACGCCGUCUUUCCGGAGGACGCAAGCCUCGACGAGACGUACUGGAGUGCCAACCUAGUGAGCCCAGUGAAGUUCAACCAGGCCCUGCACACAAUCGGCAACAGUGACGAGUUCAAGCAUGUCGAUCUUCUCAUCGAAAUCGGUCCUCAUUCGGCGCUCGCCGGGCCCAUCCGCCAGAUCAAAUCCGCGGGCAAUUUCACUCAAUGGGAAUACCUCCCCAGUCUGGCCCGGAACACAGACUGCGCCGUCUCCAUGCUCCGCCUGGCAGGUGAGCUCUUCUUGCGCGGCUAUCCGCUCGCCAUUGACCGCGUGACCGCCAUCGAGGAGGUCUCUAAGGUUGGUAAAGCGUCAUAUCAGAUGGGCAACCUGAUUGUUGAUUUGCCCCCUUACCAAUGGGACCUGAACAAGCGCCUCUGGGCCGAGUCGCGACAGAGUCGCGAGCACCGUGCUGUCCAAUACGCACGACAUGAUAUCCUCGGCUCCAUGAUGCCGGGGGGUUCACCGACAGAACCCACCUGGCGGAAUGUGCUUCGGAUUCGUGACCUUCCCUGGCUCCGCGAUCAUAGUCUGGGCGGGGAGGCGGUUUUCCCUGCAGCAGGGUACUUCUCCAUGGCCAUGGAGGCCAUCACCCAGCUCAACGAGCUGUCGUCCUCCCCUGUCGUUAUCGAGGGGUACACCCUCCGCGAUGUGUCCAUUGAGACCGCAUUAGUCACGCCGGACGAUGACACCGGCGUGGAGGUACUUAUCACCCUCCACCCCGCAGUGCAGGGCAAGAGCAAACACAACAGGACAAAGCGAUGGUGGGACUUCAGCGUGACUUCAGUCUCUACCGAUGGCCCGCAGAGGCACAUGGCGGGGACGAUCGGGCUCAUCACAGGCCAGGCAGACAGCCAGAGGCCGGCACCCCGCCCCGUCCCGACUUUUGCGCAGAGAGUAUCCGGCACAGCGUGGAACCAGGCUCUGCGGCGCGUCGGGUUCGACUACGGCCCGACGUUUCAAGAUAUGGAGGCCAUCCGGUUCGACGGGAAGACGUACGCUGCUGCCUCAGCGACGAAUAUCAAGAACGCCGUGGGCACGAUGCCAGAAGAGUCUCGCUAUGUGCUUCAUCCGGCCUCGGUGGACUCCUGCCUCCAGCUCAUGAUUGUUGCCGUGUACGCCGGCCGCGCGAACGCCAUGCCCUGCGGUGUGGUCCCCUUGCAGGUGGACGAGGUGAGCAUCUGGACGCCGAGCGAGGAACAGCUCUCCAGCCCGGAAGCGGAGGCGUAUUCCUGGAUCACCGAGCGCGGGAGCCGAUCGUUUGUCGGCAGCAACCAGCUGGUCGGCAACGAUGGCCGGCUGGUCAUGCAGAUCAAGGACAUGCGCUGCGUGUCGUAUGAGGCGGCACUGCCCCAGCGGUCCUCGGAUCUUGUGUCUCCCCAGCCGUACGGGGAGAUGGUCUGGAAGCAGGAUAUCGACUCGCUGAUUCGCUCCGAAGAAAUGGACAUUGCAACCCUGGUCCAAUUGAUGGCGUUUAAAUGUCCGGGCUGUCGCGUGCUGGACGUCGGCGGGCUGAAUAGCCAGGUUUUGUUGGGCUUGAUGCCCGAGCUCCAGCUCACGGCCACGGCGACAACUGCUGAGGAUGUUAAGGGACUGCAGGACGCCCUCAUAGAGUACCCACAGGUGCAGAUAAGGCAACUGCUGCUAUGUGAGGACCUCGAGCCGCAGGCUUUCAAGCCUGCAUCCUACGAGUUUGUCAUUAGCCAUGAGGUGCAGAAUGGAGAUGAGCUGAGACAACUGCGCACGCUACUGGUGACCGGUGGCCGUCUUGUGCUCCCUGCAUCAUCUGGAUUAGCCGGUGACGCGUCCAGUGCUGCCAAUCUGACGAUUACUCCUGUGAAUGCCGGCAAGCACAUCAUGGGAACUGCCUUUGAAACCGACGAACAGGGUCCUAGUGAUGGAAACGAGAGCCGCAAAAUCCGAAUCGUCCAUGGCCAGCGCCAACCAUCAAUCCUACCCUUGGUUGUCGUCUCUCUGGAAAAGCGCGGGUUCCUAAUAACAGUCUCGAGCCUACAGGAUCCGAUUGAGCCAGGUGAGCACAUCAUCAUGCUAGCAGACUACGAAGGGCCCCUCCUCCCUACUAUCAGCGAGACGGAUUUUAUCGGGCUACAGCAUCUCCUAACCAAAACGGGCUCUCUUCUCUGGGUGACUGCAGGCGCGCUGGCCGCCGGGAAGAAGCCCGAGUUCGCAAUGGCAGCCGGACUGCUCCGCGCGAUGAAGUCGGAGCAGGCCUCGCUGAACGUCGUAGCCAUCGACUUCGACCCGGACACGACUCCCCUCGAGACAAUCACCGAGGUGAUUGCAUCCAGGGCUGAGCAACAGGUUCAGCAGCCAUCGUCCCUGGAACCGGAGUAUUGGGUCUCUGGGCCGAAUACGCUGAUCAGCCGAUUGCAGCCGCACCGCGACUUGAAUCUUACGUACGCAGUGGAGGACAGCGAGACCAUCCACGGGCCGUUCAAGGCGCAGGAGCCUAUUUCUGGGCAUUUGCAGUCUGGAAAGGUAGUCUUCACGCAGGAUGAUCGCGUCGAGGAAUCUCUGCGUUCAACGGAGGUCGAGGUCAGGGUGGAGCUCACGGGCUUGAACAGGGAAGAUGUGAUGGUCAUUACUGGGGUGGACUAUCCUACUGCGUUCAGCCGUGAGAUCGGCGGUGUCAUUUCUCGCAUUGGAAGCGCCGUGCAGAAUGUAUCGGUUGGAGAUGCCAUCGUGGGCUUCAGCUUCGACAGAUUCGCGACCUUCCAGCGAGUCGAUGAGAGCAUGGUCCAGCGCGUGAACCCGGGUGAGAGUCUGGCUGAACUGGUUAGCUUGCCCAUGGCAUACAGUGCGGCGAUAUACGGGAUGGAGGAGCUGGCCAGGAUCAAGGCUGGAGAGAAAGUGCUUGUUCUGAGUGGCUCAGGGCUGGCCGGUUCGGCUGCUCUUCGGAUUGCGCAGAUCAAGGGAGCGAUUCCCUACGUGACCGUUUCGGAUGCGAGCCGUGUCGAUCUUGUGCAGAGGAGUACGUCGUUGCCGAGGGAGCAGCUCAUCCUCGAGGCCGACCUCUCAUCGCUCGAAUCACUGCGCUUUGACGUCGUUUUUAGUUCAGGCUGGGUCGAUUCCUCCAUUGCAAGGGAGACAUGGCGGUUCAUCGGGCCCUUUGGUCGCUUCAUUGAUUGCGGCCGUAAGGACAUGCUGUCUCGUGGUGUGCUAGACAGGUUGCCGAUUAGUAGAGGUGCCCAGUAUCUUGCCUUCGAUAUGCUGGGACUCUACGAGCUUAAGCCAGAGGUCUUGUCGGCUCUUCUCGCUCGAACAGUCGACCUCUAUCGCCAAGGAGAGAUCCUCGCUCUCCAACCCCUCAAAGUUUGCAACAUCGCGGAACUCCCUGCCUGUGUCAGUUCCUUCUCCGAUGAUCUAGAAUCUGGCAAAACGCUGGUUGCUCACGAGGAGUCGAGCCAUGAGCUGGAGUUUCUACCCACCAGCCCUGCACUUCGGCUUAGAUCAGACGCAACGUACCUCCUUGUCGGAUGUCUCGGCGGGCUAGGACGUAGUCUGACGUCGUGGAUGUUCCAGAAGGGAGCUCGGAGCUUCCUUUUCCUCUCCCGAUCCGGUACAGACAGUGAACAGGCAGCGGCACUAACGGACCAUCUCCAAGCCGCUGGUGCUCGUGUCAUUGUCGUCAGAGGGGAUGCUAGUGUCCGCGAGGACGUAGAGAGAGCCGUGAAAGCCGCUCCAGCAGUACAGCCCAUUCGGGGCGUGAUUCAAGCUGCCAUGGUGCUCAGAGACGGCAUCUUCAGCAACAUGACCUACAACGACUGGACAACCAGCACCAAGCCCAAGGUCUCCGGAACGAUGAACCUCCACCACGUUCUGGCCGGUAUCCCCCUCGACUUUUUCGUCACCACCAGCUCUGUCUCCGGUAUCCUAGGCACCCCGGGACAGAGCAACUACGCCGCAGGAAACAGCUAUUUGGACGCCCUGGCUCGCCACCGCCGACUGCACAGCCAGCGGGCCAUCUCCCUCAUCCUCCCCAUGGUCCUGGGUGUGGGCGUGAUCGCCCAGAACGCCGAGCUGGAGAUAUCACUCAAGCGAAAGGGCAUGUACGGAAUUGACGAGACGGCUCUCCUGCAAGGCUUCGAAGUGGCUAUCCUCGAGCAGCAGGGAGACCGAGAUGCCACCGACACUGUCGACCAUAUCGUCGUGGGCCUCGACCCGGCAGAACUGCGCAAAGCUGUUGACGAGGCGGGCGACACGGUUGAUAGCUUCUGGAUGGACGAUCGGAGGUUCAAUGCGGUUGUGCAGGCCAUGAACGCUGGCAGUGCGUCUGGGUCAGCCGCGGCACAGACUGUUUUGGGCGCGUUGCGGGAUAGCAAUGGGAUUGAAGCUACUGAAGCGAUGGAUAUUGUGGCUGAAGCGGUGAUUGGCAAAUUGGCGCGGAUGCUGCUGAUUGAAGUGGAGCAGAUUGAGCGCGAUGGACGGUCGAUUGCCAGUUAUGGGGUGGAUAGUAUGGUUGGGGCAGAGCUGAGGAAUUGGAUCUUCAAGGAGAUGGAGAUGGAUAUUCCGUAUCAGCAGUUGUUGGGGGCGUCUUUGACCAUCAACAGGUUUGCAGAGCAGGUAUGUGCUGCUCAGGGGAUCAUGGUUAGUACUUAG